CUACUGAAAGGUGACACAAAUUCCACUAAAGAAUGGCAGUCAAAGGACUUUCAGAAAAACAAAAAGCUGCUUUGGCAGAAAUAGUCACUGCUGAAACUUUAUUCGACAUUGAAGAAUAUAUUAGACCUGAAUUUUGUAACAAAUCAGAAAGCCGAGAGUUGUUCACGUCGGAUGUGCAUUUGAACUCAUUGAGGAGACGCAUUGUUCAGGAUGGUCAUGGAAGGUGGAGGGAGAUAAAUCCACAACAUUACUCUAGCAAUUUACUAUCACCAUUAAGGAAAAAUUCAGGAAUAGCCAAAAGAGAGAGUCGAUCAGAUCUCAAACAUGGAGCUGCUGAAACUUCUUACAACAUUCACACAAUCAAUCCAAAUUAUAACAAUCUUUCUAUGGCCUUGAGAUCCAAUGUUUUCCCAGGACUUGGAAAUAAUCAUUGGCAUAGUACAACAGCUAAAGUUUACAAAACACAACACGUGAUUCCAACUUCACAAAGGGAGAAAUUUUUUGGCGUGCAAACUGAUGAGUUUGGAAAGUGGUCAGCUGCUAACGUUCACCAUGAAAGAAUGAAGAAAAAGUGGGAGACAUAUCUUGAUUCUCUUCCAAAACAGGCAGAAAACUGGCCUCCCCAAGAACCAAAACAAGUAACCACCAAGGUUGAGGAGCCCCCACCACAAGCAAAGGUAAAGAAACCCAACCCUAAACCUAAGGCACAAAAGAAGCAGACGCCAGUUGAUGAGAAAAAAGUUGCACAUGAAGAUAGUGUGCCUUCAAAACCAAUAGAAAUCAUUCAAGAUGAGGAUAAUGAUGAUAACUUUUGGGAUUUUUAUGACAAACCUUUCAAUAAACCAACUUAGCUGUGAGUGCAGUCUCUUCAUUUAUGUCUGUAGAGGAAACUUUUUGAUAUCACAUAACAUUACCAUCAUUAUAACCACAUAUACUUAGUGUCUUGCUAGUUAGUUAUUUUGUUAAGGUGAUGGUACUCUGUCAACAUGUAAUUGAAAUGAUGUAAAUAAAGAAAGUAUUUAUGACUGUGACAAACCACCCUUGUAACAAUAAAUGAUUUUCAUGUUUACCAGUAGGUGAAAAAAUUUUCUAUUAGCUUCUCUUAAAAGUUAUUUUACAAGGUAGUUAUUUUAGUGUUAAUUUCCUAUUUUAUAUGAAGAGUAAAAUGUAUCAUAAAGAAAA